AUGUCAUCUGCUGCGAUGGACCACCCGGUAGUUCAACUUUUGAAAUUGUUGAUGUCAAUUGUCAGCACCAGCGAGCUUGAACAUGACAUCGGUAUUAUCUUGGCGGAGCACCUUCAAAGCUUAGGCUACACAGUCGAGCGCAUACCAAUCUCACCGGGCUCUUCUCGCCAUAAUGUAUACGCCUACCUUGGGUCUAAUCGCCAAACACGCGUGCUACUCACUGCCCAUAUGGACACUGUCCCGCCCCAUAUUCCACUGACUAUCGAUGGUGAUAUCAUCCGCGGCAGGGGCUCUUCAGAUGACCUUGGCCCUCUGGCAGCUCAAAUUAUAGCCGCAGAGGAGCUGAGAAAAGAGGGCAAGGUCCGUGAGGGAGAUAUCGGCCUGUUGUUCGUAGUUGGUGAAGAGAACGGCGGGCAUGGAAUGGUUGCGGCGAAUGAUAUGGGAAUACACUGGGAAUCCGGCAUUUUUGCUGAACCAACAGAGAGCAAGCUUGCAAAAGGUCACAAAGGACAAGUAGCCUUUGAAGUCAUUGCCAAAGGCAUUGCCUGCCACUCAGGGUAUCCCCACCUGGGAAAGAGUGCUACUGCUGCGCUUCUUGCUGUACUGAAUGAUCUUUCUGCACAGACUUGGCCUGAAUCCGAACUUCUUGGCCCUUCUACCUUCAACAUUGGAACGCUUGAGGGUGGAGAGAAACAUAACAUCGUUGCUCCGUCAGCCAAGGCACUUUGCGAAGUCCGCAUGGUUUCUGAUCUGCCGGGAAUCAAAGCCAAGGUUGCAGAGAUUGUCUCCCGACACCCAGAUGUGGAGUUAAAAUUCGUCUUUGAGUAUCCUGAAGCUCUCCUCGAAUGGGAAAUUGAAGGUUUUGAGGCCGCUCCAGUGGCGUUUGGAACCGAUGUACCCAGACUCAGGGAUGAAUACUGUAACAACAGAGUUCUGUACGGCCCAGGAUCAAUUCUCGUUGCCCAUGGGCCAGAUGAGUAUAUCCGUGUCCCUGAGCUGAUUGAUAGCAUAUCAGGGAACAAAAGACUAGUCCUCCACUUCCUGCGGUGA